AUGGGUAUCACCGACUAUUUCUCCGACAUGAUUUCCUCCCUGGGUUUCCCCGAGGCCCAGGCUGAGGCUCCCGCCGAGAACGUCGAGCAGUCCAACGACCAGGAGGCUGAGCCGGAAGAGAAGUCCGCUGAGAGCACCGAGGAGCCUGCUGAGGAGGAGCCUGAGCAGGAAGAGGAGAAAGAAGAGGAGGGGGAAGAGGAAGAGGAAGAGGAAGAGGAAGAGGAAGAGGAAGAGGAGGAAGAGGAGGCCGAGGACAUCAAGCCCCAGCUGGAGGAGGAGUGCGCCAACUCCUCUCAGUGCGCUCCCUACAAGCACCACUACGACGAGUGCGUCGAGCGUGUGACCCGGCAGCAGGAGGACGAGGACUACAAGGGUCCCGCUGAGGACUGCGUUGAGGAGUUCUUCCACCUCACCCACUGCGCUACUCAGUGUGCCGCUCCCAAGCUCUUCAAGACCCUCAAAUAAGCGACUCCGAAUGCCCGCUACGUUUUCUCUUAAUGGUUUCGAACGCCGAACUGAUGUUGACGAACGAAUUAUCCGGGAUAAAGACAUGAAGAGGAAUACGUGGGAGCAGAAGUCAAUUAAAAAAGAAAAAGCAUAUCAUGGAUGGCUGCGAUGCGCUUUUGAAUUGUUCUACCCUUCCUGUGUCAGCCUGCCGUUAAAACACCUUAGCAUUGGCCGCGAUUGAACGGUUGUCGCGGCUUCUGUGUAUUGUUAGGAUGGGAUGAUAGACAUGUCCUUUACCC